CAGUUGCUAUGGUGAUAAUAACCACACCCACAAAAGAUGGCGGCUAAACCAGUGAAUAUUAUAACACCAAGUGAUGAUUUACCUCCUCAGAAACUAAAAGAGCUGGUAUUGACGGAGCUGAAAGUCCCGACUGUAUUUAAAGGAUUUAUUGGAGAGAAAUGGGCCGAGGCAUUGACGUGGAGCCCACAGGUUAUGUCAGAGAAAUUGAGUGAUGUCUGUACAAGAUUCAAAGUGUGUCCAAAAGUUGGUACAUUGCAACACAGAGAGAUACUAUCCACUACUGACGUUGUAUAUGAAACUCACUGUGAGUAUGUUGAUGCUUGCUUUUUGGAUUUCAAUAAAUGGCUACAAACAGAAAUUGAAGACGAUGAAACCGUAUGUCCUCCGCCACAAAAGAUCAUUAAAUGUGCUGAUAAAAAUCCUUUCUCAUCAGUACCGCGCUCUAUUUACUGGGUCUAUGCAGAUUAUAAGUACAUGAAUGAAUUAUGUUCAGAUCAUUUGGAUAUUAUUGAUGCUGUGGACUGGAGUGUGUUUGGAUUUGACACUAGAAAUGGAUUAUCUUCUACACUUUGGAUUGGAAGUGAAGGAGCCUCAACCCCUUGUCAUUAUGAUACUUAUGGAUGCAAUUUAGUAGCACAGCUAUGGGGCACUAAAGAAUGGAUAUUGUUCUCUCCCGAUGACGAUCAUAAAUUAUAUCCAACUCGUGUUCCUUUUGAAGAAUCAAGUGUGUUCAGUCAUGUUAACAUUAAAUCACCUCAAAUCAAUAAGUAUUGUGAUUUUCUCAAGGCAACACCAUAUAAGGUAGUCCUUUCUCCUGGUGAUGUUCUGUUUGUACCUCAUCAUUGGUGGCAUUAUGUUGAAUGUCUAGAGCCUUCUCUAUCAGUCAACACAUGGAUAGAGCUUGCUAGUGAUAAAGAAGACAGGAUCACAGAAGCUAUAGCAAGACUACUGGUGUCUAAUGUUGUCACUACAGACAAUAAAGAUUCAUUAGUCAAUCCAAAUGAGGUACUUUUUCCACUGGAAGAUAAUUUGACUUUAUUGAACACAAUACUAACAGAUGGCGAUGAUGAACAGAUUAUUACAAUAUCAGAUUUUAUCAAUAUACUAACUAGUAAAGAAGUCUUGAGUGUAAUAAAGGAUAAAGUCAAUGCUUUUCAUGUUUCUUAAAUACUAUAGGCUUAAACACUAGA